GACGUCUACAACCGCCGAUUCCUAAACUGACUGUUGUGUUGGUUUUUUUUAAAAAAAAUCAAAGAUAUUGGAUUCUGUUGUGUUAAACAGAGAAUAUUAAUUUAUAUAUUUAAUUAAUUACUAGACUAUGAAGUAUAGUUAUAUCGUGUCGAUAUAUUGGAUUUCAUAAUAUUUAAUCAAGUCCGUGUUAUACAGAUAAAAUAACAAAUCAACGCCAAAUAUCGCCCUGUCCACAUAACACAUGUAUUACAAGGAAUGACAAAGCCAGACAAUUUACAAGGCCCUCGUUAUGUAUUUAGGACACAGGUCCGGUUAUAGCCUAAUUAGACAUGCUUACCACUGCGUCAUUUGUAUGGAUAUUGCUGACGUCAUUUCAUCUUGACGUUCAAAGUUACAGCAAGUUGAUAAAAAUAGGCGCCUUAGAACGAUCUGCUUCUUCAUCACUAAAGCUCAACGACACAGUCAUCAAUUAUGUGAAACAUACAGCUAAAUGGGGUGAUGAUAUAGGUGUUGAUAUCAUAUGGUCAUUACUACACAGAGAGAAUUGUUUUUCCGUAAUACAAGAAGCAAAACGCUUGUCCAAAAUUACCGAUUUAUUAAUCUUUGCUGAUGAAUUUUCAAAUUGUGUGGGACACGGGUUGAACCAACAUGACGUCAACGUGCCUGUGCUUUUCUACAAGGGAAGGCAAUCCGUGUCGUCUGAACCGAAGAAAGGGUCUUCCGUUUUUGCUGGCUACCUGAUGUGUGGUUUUACAGAUAUCCAAGAGAAUUUAGAGAAUAUAGAAAACUGUGAGAUAGACCUUGAUGACCCGAUAAGCGAAGAGCCACAAAUCACCAUUUCAAAAGUGGAGACUAUGGCAGCUGUUGUUAAAAAACUGGAAUGGAAACAUACUUUCGUAUUUUAUGAAGGAGAUACAGAAAAAGAAGCGAAAGUUCUCACGGAUACUCUGUCUUUAUCUAGUAUACAUAUUUUGAUGUAUAAUUUAGACACAUUUAAUGAUACCAGGCAACUACAAGAAUUAUUAACUUCUAACACAAUACUAGAAAAAGGCACAUCAAAUUUCAUCGUACUCAAUUCCAUUGACACAGCCAAGGCACUUCUUACAAUCGCGGACAACUUAGACAAAGAAAGGGGACAUAAAGAAGCAUCAUUUAGUAUGAUCUCUAAUUGGUUAGUUAUAUUACCUGAUGAGAACAAGUCGUUUAUAGAAAAUUGUGUAACUGAUUUAGAUCAUGUAGCUGUUAUUAUAUAUCCACCAUCUAAUUACGUCUUUAUACACGAGAUGAUGAAGGGAUUACCGUUAUCAAUAGAAGAAAUACUUCGAAAGGUUGGAGAUUUUAAUUAUACAGAAAGAAUACAGUUUGAAGUCUUACAAAAUGAAACAAUUAAUCUAUUUAUAAAGUAUUUUACCAAUCCACUGUUGUGUUGGCACAGUGAUAUUUAUACAUUAAUGCGCAAACCUGACGGCAGACGGCUAAAUCAUGUCGGUUUUGUGGAUGUCACCGGCGAACUCAGUCUUGAUCAUAAAAUAUUUCCUAAUCUGGAUUUUGGAUUAAAUAGGAGAAAAUUUACAGUGUCCACAUUACCCUGGCAUCCGUUUAUUACCAAUACAACACCAUUUGAUGGUUUCUGUAUGGAUAUCCUUGAAGAACUGUCUUAUUCUCUUAAUUUUACGUAUGAGAUCACCGAUGGACCUGCAGAUAAAGAAUGGGGCAUGCUGGUUAAUAGAACAUGGACAGGCUUGAUUGGACAGUUACAGAAUGAGACAGUUGAUUUGGUCGCCGGUCCGUUAAUGGUUACACCGGAUAGAGAAUAUGUUAUGGAUUUUACAUUUCCGUUUUAUCAAGAUGCCCUAUCCGUAUUGAUAAAAAAACCAGACCCGAGUUCGACGAAAUGGAGGACCAUGAUAGAGCCGUUUCAUUCGGAAGUGUUGAUGUGUAUUGGGCUAUCUUUGCUUGGGUCUUCUGUUAUUCUCUUCCUGUUAGAAAAAUGGAAUCCAUUUUAUUCACAAGAGCCUUAUCUACAGCGGUAUGCUGGUACCCAUAUCUUUCAAGAUGCAUUUUGGUAUAUGUACGGCGCCAUGUUAACUCAAGGUGGCGAGCAUCUUCCGGAUUCUCAGGCUGGAAGAACUAUGAUCAGUACUUGGUGGCUGUUUUCUAUCAUCAUGGCGGCUACAUACAGUGGAAAUCUUAUAGCCUUUUUAACUGUAACGAAAGAUAAGCCGCCAUUUGAAACACUUUCUGAACUAAUUUCAGAUUCUGAUUAUAGAUGGGGAUUACCCAGUGGUACUAAAAUUCGAAUGGAAGUUGAAUAUUCUUCAAAUGAUGUGCUUAAACGUGUUUGGAAUACCAUAGCUGUUGAUGCUCUCUAUGAUCCCAGGGUUCUUAGCAUCGAUAAAGAUGUUCAUAUUGAUUUGGUUAAAGGCGGCUACUAUGCCUUCAUAGCUGAUAAAAGCAGUCUGAAGAUACCAAUGUUAACUGAUUGUGAUCUGUAUUUAUUAAAAGAGACGUUCACACCUUUGCAGUACGGAUUUGGUCUUCAAAACAGAUCAGCAUAUACGGAGAUGUUCUCAAAGGAGAUGUUGAGUAUUUAUGAAAGUGGCUUAUUACAGAUUUGGCAGCGGCGAUGGUGGAAUGCCACACCUUUCUGUAAAGGUGAACUACAAACCGUAUCCAAACCAAUAAGUUUAGUGGAUGUUCAGAGUAGUUUUUUUCUAAUCGGUAUUGGAAUAGUCGUAGCAGCUAUAGCACUUGGGUUUGAACAUUUUUUUUUGAAAUAUUGUUCUCGCCAGAAGCAGCAGCCAUGUGUUACUACAAAAGCCUCUGAAAAUUUACAAAAUGGCGAAGUUCACAAUCAUCGUCAUCAAAAUGGAUGCAUAAAACCGGAAGCUAAUGGACACGUAGGACAAAAUGGCCACAUUACCCAGGAUGAAAAUGAUAAUAUAUCAUCGGAUGAUGGUGAUCUGGGUUUAUCUUUUAGAUCAGAAUUUACAUAUUUUUAAUUAUAAUGUUAUCAGCUUAGAUGGGAACAUUACAGAAUACAAUUUUGACACGUGUCAGUGAUUAACUACCGAAAUCUGGUUUAUUUGAAAUAGGCCUAUUUUUUGUAAUUUGAAGUUGAUAAACUAGCCUUACAAAUAUUACUUUUUAUUAGAAUUCAAAAUUGUUCAACAAUUAAUUUAACACGAUACUAUUGGCAUAGGCAUCCAAUGUGAUUUAAAGUGGUAUUUUAGGGUCAGUCCAUUACACGUGAUAGUAUAGGAUCAAUCCCGAAUUAAUUACAGUGUCAAUCCAUUAAUUGUAACGUGAUAGUAUACAGCCAACCAAUCUUUGCAUGGUAUUAACUGAGCAGUCCCUAAAUAAUUUAGUAUUAUAGUACACGACCGCAAGGCUAAUCCAGAACUAUUUUAAUUGGGUAGUGUAGACUUAAUAUAGAAAUAUUUUAACAUGGUUUGAACAAUCCAGAACUAUUUUAAUUUUGGUAUAGCCUGAGUUUCAACUGGAAAUAGUUUAACAUGGUAGAGUAAGAACAAACUAGAAUUAUUUUAACAUGAUAGAGUAGAACAAACCAGAACUAUUGUAACAUGGUAGUGCAAGAUCAAUCUAGAACUAUCUUAGCAUGGUUAUGUUGUAAGACCAAUCAAGAACUAUUUUAACAUGACAAUGUAAGAUCAAUCUAAAACUUUCUGUAAGACCAAUAACGGACUUCGUGGAAGUGUAAUACAAAUCCAGAAUAGGAAGUCGAAGAAAUAUACAUAAUAUAACAAAAGAACCAUUUUGAAAAGCGGGCAUUUAGCAUGAGAAGAGUUCAAGAAUAACGCAUCUGAUGUAAACGUGCAAACGAUGCGUAUUUUAUGUGAAAGUUUAAGACAAACUCUACGGAGGGUACUUGACGUGAAAUUGUUUGACAGAAUAUAAUUAAUUUUAUAUUAGUGAACCGAAAAAAGAGUGUGCUUUAACGUGAUAUUUUAGACCUUGUAUGUAAUAAAUGUGAUAGAUUAGUGUGCAACUUGCGACCAGAACUAAUUUGAUGUGACAUAUUUGCACAAAUCCAAAACUAUUUUGAUGUGAUGUGUUUAUUAUAGAUCUUAUUCUAUUAAGUGUUGUAAUGUUGGAUUCUAUCCUUAACUAAUUUUUCGUGAUGUUUUUGGACUAAUAUGGUGUGAACCAAUCCCGGAUUAAAUAUAGACGAUAUUUUAAAGACACUCAGAAGUAACUAAAGCACCCUUCCUUUACAUAUUGUAUUGGUAUAGCCUCAAACUUGUACAUGUAAACCAUAACCAAAACACAGCCUUUAUGCCCAGUUACCAACAACACUUCUAAAUUAUAAAUCUUACGAGAUACUCCAAGAGAAGCUCGGUUUCCAGUCUUCAAGUUUAGAUUAACCACCAAUGUGUAGUACUUCCAAGACGAUACGUUCAUGGUCACUGGCGUUACCAAAUAACGAGCAAGUAAUGAACAUGCAAAAAUAACACAGUUGCUCUGUAAUUAUUAGCCGAUUUAAUUUAUUUUGGGUUUGUAAUGUAUUUUGAAUCUGUAAUCUUAGUUUUGAGUCAAACUUUUGAAACUUUGUGGGUCGAACAUUUGACUUAAAUAUGUUUGGAGAAACUAUUCUUUAAAAUUAAAAUACACUUUCAUUUAUAUUGAAUAGCAACCAUUUUGGGUCUUAUUCGUGAAAAAGGAGCCGUCACAGAUCUCUCUGGGUUUUCGUGGAAACAAAUAAAUGGUUUAAGAAUGCAAACCAACCAACCAUCUUGUUUGAAAAUUUUAAAUCAAAAUCGUGAUGAUUAAAUUUGCUUAAUAGGGUAACCUAACUUCAUUGGAGUGUUUCUAGAAGUGUAUUAAAAGUGAACACUUCAGAGGAAGUCACCAACCCCGCAUGCAAACUGAAUAUUAGUAAUCACAAACUCCAGAAAGUUACAGAAGACUAGGAUAAAUGUGUUUUUUUUAUAGCUUUUCAGAAUUAACCUACUCUAUUCACUAAAAUAUGCCUGAAACUAGUUCUUUCUUUAAGCAAAUUGUAACUUAAAAUUAGUACGAGUUAUCACUGGUUGCCAUAGUGGCUUGGCAAAGUUUAAAUCGAUGUGUUAGUCCCAUAGACAACAAGGGUUUUAAAUGUUAGUUUGAUAUUCUAAUCUGUCGAGAAAAAUGCCCAUUAACUGUGAUUAUUUUGAAUACACACGAUUCAAAGCAACUGAAUAUAAUUGGUCCUUCGGCUCCCCUAUAUAAUUCAACCCUCAAUCGACUACUGCCUGUUGCGCGAGAGUCCAAUAGAAUAGGCCCCAUCAAUAAAUUAUGAUAUGAUACAUCCGACAAAAAUAUCACUUUAUAAGAAUAUUAAUAUUUUGGUAGAUAUUGCAACAAAUAAACAUUGUGUUUAAAAUAUAACGAAUUCCGUAACAUUUCUUGUAAAAAGGGAAAUCUGAUCUGAAAUUUCAGUUUUCAUGAAUAUGGCCCGUGCUAACAAUUGCCUUAUAAUUUAGACAGCUACUUCGUUCGAUCUUAACAACUCAGACCCCCGACCUUAUCUCAUUUUCAAAAUAAGAGAACACUGAAAAGAGUGUUAACUUGAUUGAUUCAACUCAGGCAAUAGGAUAACCAUUGAAUUUUUGUGUAAUAAAAUUGCAUUUGCACAUACAGCAACAAGUGACGUAAUUAUAUUAGUGUUACAUUUUUAUUCUUCUUGUUCAUUGAAAAUAGGUAGUUGAAUACUUUUUGUAAAUAUUUUCGUUUACUUCCAUGCUGGCCUUUUUAGUACUUCUUUGUAAUUUAUUUUUAAUUAUGAAGACAGAAUUAUUAUAUUCACAUGUUUGCACCAUCUGUCACAUUAAAUAUUCAUUAAAAUAGACAUGUAACUAUGUUAAGUUACAAGCACGCGUAAAUUUUGGAGCAUUUGGGCCUUUUAGGCGGGUUUUCCUAUAAAUACGUUAACCCACCUCACACAAUCACACCCCAUACCAUUGAUACAAUAAAAAUAAAGAUUUCCCCACCCUCUAGUGUUUCCCCUAAAUAUGUAAAUACCGCCCCAAGACCGGUUUAUACAACUUUGCUGUGCAAAUUGUUUAAUAAUGUUACCAAAUAAUUCCCCUCCUUUGUAAAUAUUAUUAUGAAAGGAAAUAAAUUAUUAAAUGUUUAUGCACUAUUAA